CUUCUGCCGCACGCAGGUAGACAGCGCUGGGUUACACAAUUGAAAAAGACGGGAAAAUUAUUUUUUAAAGGAAAUUAAGGUUUAAAAAUGGUAACCCACGCAUGAUAUCGAGAUCAUAAGAAGAGCGCUUUUGGAGUGCUGAAAGCGGAAGACCGAAGCGGUGCAAGCGCAUGCCAUACCUUGUGCGCCUGGAAAUUCCCGUUUGUCACUGAGCUAUCUUGUUAGGGGGCACGCAUUUUUUGUAAGGAACUUCGAAGAUCGCAGUCGGACAGCAAAGGAUCCCUCGACCUCGUCAAAGAAUGAAACCCUUUAAGAGAGCUUUAGAAGGGGACCCGGAGUUCUCGGCCAUGUCGGACAGUGACCCGUGUGAGGACGACGGCGGCGGCUCCCCCCUCGACCUGUCGGGAGGCUCCGGGAAGCGCCGUCGCCGCGGCAACCUGCCGAAAGAAGCCGUGCAGGUGCUGCGCAGCUGGCUGUACGAGCACCGCUUCAAUGCCUACCCCUCCGAGCAGGAAAAGCUGAGCCUCUCCGGACAGACCAGCCUCUCCGUGCUGCAGAUAUGUAACUGGUUCAUAAACGCCCGCAGACGGCUGCUGCCAGACCUGUUGCGCAAAGACGGCAAAGACCCCAACCAGUUCACCAUCUCCAGGAGGGCAGGGAAGGGUGAGGGGCGGGGGUCUGCGGGAGGAGGAGGGAGAGCCAGCUCCCCGGAGAGCGCCCCGUCCCCUGUCCCCCUGCGGCGUCCCUCAGUCAUCCGGCCCGCCCCGACUCUGGACCUCAGCCUGCUGGGCAGCACGGCCACCGCCAUCCUGACCGGGGGUGUGUGCCAGAUGGACGCUCAGAGCUCACUGAAGAGAGCUGCUCAGCCCGGCGCCAAGAUCGAGGCCCCGCCCGCCACGAGGGGGGGCACAGUGAGCCCCACGGGGGGGCUGUUCAACACGCCACCCCCCACGCCGCCCGAGCUCUGCCUGCAGGACUUCAGCGACCUGCGCCUCCUGGUGGACGCUGCGCUGCAGCGGGCCGCCGAGCUGGAGCUCCAGCAGAGGGCGCUGAAGCAGCCGGCGGGGCCCGGUCCCGUCACCUUGGCCCCGGAGAGCAGCAGUGCCCCGGCAGGCCCUACUCCAGCGUCCUCCAGAGAGACGGACUCGCCUGACGGCCGAGACGCGGACCCCCGCCUCCCCGCGGAGGAGCGGACUGUCGAGCCCAGCAGCCCGGAGAGCGCCGCCGCUGGGAGCCCGCCCCCGGCCUGUGGUGCCUUUGAGCCCGCUGCCUGGACCAAGGCCGGGCAGGCCAGCGUGCCCCCAACCUCUAUACCCCGUGUCUGGGGCCCCCAGCACACACUCUGCCCCCUGCCUGAGGCCGUCAACUAGAGCCAGGGCGCCGCUGGGACCGCUCCUGAAACGGCGGUCGCCGGCGUAUCCUAGCAUUGCCCUGUUGGGUAUUUCCCUUUAAACGCAAGUCCACGCUCACGGACACGCCCUCGUUUUUUCCAAAGCGGUGCCGCUCACACUGCCGCCUGCAGUGGCUGGACGUUUUUACCUGGACU